CUUCCGUUCGUGAGCUCCAUUGAUUCCUUGCUCUCAAAAUGCUCAUCCAUGAACCAGAUCGAGCAGCUCCACUCGCAGCUCAUCGUCCAUGGAUUGCUCGGAGAAACCAUCACUGUUGCAAAGGUCGUCGCUUUCUGCUCGCUGUCCGGCGCUGGCGAUCUCAUUCAUGCACGCAAAGUGUUCGAUGCUUUGCCGAAACGCAAUCGUUUCAUGUGGAACUGCAUCAUUCGUGGGUUCUCCAUGAAAGAUCACCGUGAGACCCUUGUGCUUCACCGCCGGAUGCUUUCGGCUGGGUUCACGCCCAAUGGCUUCACUCUUCCCUUUGUCCUCAAGUCCUGCGCGACUGGGUCGGCCUUCAAUGAAACGCAGAUGGUUCAUUCGUUGAUCUUUAAACUUGGUUUUGAAUCGCAGGUCUUUGUGAUGAAUGCUCUGGUUCAUGCUUACACUAUGUGUGGCUCGGUUGAGUUCGCACGCAAGGUAUUCGAUGAAAUUCCUCAGAGAAAUGUAGUGUCUUGGAAUUCAAUGAUUAAUGGGUAUUCCCAGUUGGGAAAUCUCCGCGAAGCAUUUGGUUUGUUCAAGGUGAUGAGAGAUUCAGGUUUGAAGCCAGAUGGAUUCACAUUAGCUACCCUUCUUUCGGUUUGUUCGCAGACCGGGAAUCUGAAGUUCGGCUUGCUUGUACAUCAUUUGAUCAUCGUUGCUGGAGUUGACACUUGUUUGAUCAUGGGGAAUGCUUUGGUGGAUAUGUACGGGAAGUGCAGAGAACUGAAUGCUGCUAUGUCAUGCUUUGAGAGCAUGCCGAAGAAGAAUGUGGUUACUUGGACUUCAAUGGUGUGCGCUCUUGCUAAACACGGGAUGAUUGAUGGGGCGAGAUGUUUGUUUGAUGAAAUGCCUGAUAAGAGCUUGAUUUCAUGGAAUGCCAUGCUAUCAUCUUAUGUACAAUGCAGUAGAUACCGGGAAAGUCUUUUGCUCUUUCAACAGAUGAUCAAUUCCGGAGUGAUGCCGGAUGAUGCUAGUCUAGUUACUGUCCUUUCGGUUUGUAGCCAAAUCGGUGACUUGAUCAUCGGAAAACAAGUUCAUGAAUACAUUUCUGCAAACAUUGUGAACCCAAGUGUCACUCUAUACAAUGCCAUUAUUGACAUGUAUGCGAAAUGUGGAUUACUGAAUAUUGCAUUGCAGCUGUUUAGUUCGACACCGACAAAGAGUGUGGUUUCAUGGAAUGUGAUCAUCGGAGCAGCUGCAAUGCAUGGCCACGCAAAUGCAGCUAUUGAUCACUUUGAACAGAUGGUUGCUGCAGGAUUCCCGCCUGAUGGAAUCACAUUCACUGGUCUGUUAUCUGCAUGCAGUCAUGCUGGAUUAUCAGAAAUCGGCGAACACUACUUCAAUACAAUGAAUCAUGUUUACAAUGUUCCGUAUGAAAUCGAACACUAUGCUUGCAUGGUUCAUCUUUAUGGUCGGGGAGGACAACUUAAAGAAGCUGUCGAACUGAUAAGGAGCAUGCCAAUGAAGCCUGACAUUGUAGUUUGGGGCGCAUUGCUUGGAGCUUGCAGGAUUCAUGGUAAUGUGAGGAUUGGUAAUAAAAUACUGAAACACUUGCUUGAGAUGGAGCAAUGCAAUGCUGGAACUUAUGUUCUCAUGUCGAACAUUUACAGUGAGGCUCGCAGAUGGGAAGACAUGAAGAAACUAAGGAAUUUAAUGAAAAUUAAAGGCAUAAAGAAGGAUGCAGGAAUUAGCUUGAUUGAGAUCAAUGGUGUUGUGAAUGAGUUUCUAGUUGACGACAUGAGACAUGAAAGAGCUGAAGAAAUCUACAUUUCACUGGAUAGAUUGACACACCAUUUGAUGUCAACAAAGGCAUAAUAUUGCUGA